AUGAGGCUUCGGCCCCUUCAAAAAACCCCCCAUGGCCCCCUUGAGAUAGGAAGCACGGCUCUUACUCGUUUCAACAAAUCAAAGACUUGGUUGGCACCAGCGACCAACACCUGUUGGCAUAAGCUCAACAUUCAUCAUCCAUCAACCGGCCUUUUGCAAACUGCUUCAUCUAUCUUUUUCUCCCUCCCGUACUGCCUGGCUGCCAUGACUGGUCCAACAGCAAGCAAGCAUGAUCAUCACCAGCAGCAGCAGCAGCAGCAGCAGAAUCAUCUUUGUUCUAUUCGUCUGACCUCUCCUUACCUGCACGCAAUACUUCGCUUCUCUACAGCAGCUUAUUCUUCCUCACAGCAGAGGAACAGACAAUGGGUCCAUAUUAAGUCAGAAGAUGAGGAUACCGCUCUCUGGCAGGAGUACAGCAUCCACCCUCCCCCGAUACAUCUUCCAGCAUACGAUGCAAACUACUGCGCUCCGCCGGUAUUGCCAAUAUCAUGUCACGGUCCGGCCCAGAAGGAGACAUAUCGAUCCUUAGACUUACCCUCCAACGAUAGGCAUAUACCGCCGAGAGACGGAAGUGGAAUACUCACUGCUUCACCACCAUCUUUUUGUACGCAUCACAGCUACCCAUCGCUGAAAAGAUCCUACCACGACAUCGAGGAUUCGCCCUACAGCAUCGUGCAGAGCUUUAGAGAUGACCCGCAGGAGGCUCACAAUCCCAGCAUCAACCAUGAUCACAGACUUCUCUCCUUUGGACAACUACCGGAGACAAGCACGAUUCUUGAUGCUCAAGGACGAGUACAGUCUGUUGAUCUCGUGGCGCAAAUCCAUGGCAUGUUCUUCUUGUCCGAGCUAGCCACAACAUCCGGAGAAAGUCUCAUGAUGCAACCAGAACUAACCUGCUAUCGACGAAACCUUUUCCAGAUCUUUGGAAGUGUCACUGUACCGCGAGGCGCUCUAUCGGCAUUGACGGGAAAUGGGGAGCGGGUACCCAUUGUCUCAAAGGAAGUCGUCAUCUCAGCAACAGAGUCAGUGGACGGCCACGUCGUCAAACUAAUCGUCAUCCCGUGGAAAACGCCUCCUCCCAACUUCCCAAAAAUGACUGCAGGACAGGAACACGAGCCGGUACCCAUUUCGUUGACGCCAUUUGACGAAGGGCCAGAGGCGCAUAGUGAUUACACGGUCUUUCCGAUUGCUUACCGGCGGCUGCAAUUCCGCAUUGCAACGGCCAACAAUGGAAGAAGGAGAGAGCUGCAGCAACACUUCAGUUUGCACCUCAACGUGGUCGGCACACUGUCGAACGGAAGGAAGAUGAGCCUUUGCGAGGCGUCCACAGCGCCUAUUGUGGUACGGGGUCGGAGCCCGAGGAACUUUCAGGCCAGGAAGGAGAUUCCACUCGUUGGGUCAUCUUCAGCUCGAGGACAGCCGCCUGAAAUGUAUGUAGCCGCUCCAGGCGGCCUCAAGCCCAGUAUCUCGGGGAUAGACAGCAACUUGAAACUAGCAAAGCCACUAAAAUCACACAUGGCGGAAUUUUCACGAUCCCCAUUCACAUUCAAUUCGAAUAGCAUUCCCGGCUCUCCAUCUAUGGUCCGUCAACCUACAUACCAAGCCUGGAGCGCCGCACAUACAAGUACGCCUGCCGACCAUACCUCGGCGCUAAACACACUUGGCUAUGCCAGCGCUCCGAGAGACAGCUAUCUGCAAGCGAAUCACCACACCCUCAACUCGAUAUCAGAGCUGCAGUCCCACAAACCUCCGCUGGCGUCCCAGCCGCUAAUGAGACAGCCAUACUCCUCCUAUCACCCCCCCUCGACAGGCGUCGAGCCCCUUCGCUUCGUCCACAACGAUUCGGACCUGCGACGACCGACAAAGUCACCACGACAUACUGGACCGGCGGAUCUCCACUCUUCGAGCGGGAUUCUGAUCCCAAGCAGUAGCAGCUACGCGAAUCACGGCUCUCGGUUCCUGCCUGCUUAUAGCAGUAGUAGCUACGGAUCUAUGCCAGCGACGAUGGCCCCGGAGCAAUUUCCUUCAUUGUUGCCGAUGCAGCAGCAGCCGUCUGGGACGAGCGGUGGGCCCGGGACAGAGACGGGGACGAUUGGUGGAACGGGUUCGCCGAGCCAGAUUCAAGGCAGGGGAGCUCAGCAGCAGCACCACGAGAUUCCAGGUGAGCAGCAGCAAGCGCAAAAGCGCGUUUACGAAGCAACGAGCUUCUCUCUCCUAGCUACUGGCUAUCUAGCAAAGAUUAAAAGAGCCUCGAACAUGAAAUGGAAAGCAGCAGGAGGAUUGUAUUGUAUAGGAAAAAAGAGAAGAAAAAGGAAGAAGGAAGAAGGUUAA